AUGAUCUCUCUACCUGGCCCCUCACAGCCGUUCUUUGCAGACGACUACACUGUCGCUACCCCGCCGGAAACAGUGCCAGCCUCCCCCACCGACAAGGCCCUUAACCCGGACUCUGUGCCCCCGAUAAUGACGUUGUCGCCGCCAUCGCGCUCCAGCAGCAUGGCAACGCCGACACUGACACCGAUCCAGACCCGCAACCGCAGCCAGAGCAAUGCGAGCGGUGGGAUCUCGCCCACGAGCAUCAUGACCAGCAGUGGCCUCAUCAUGAGCCUCCAGGCCGCAACGGGGUCGACCUCCUCGCUGCUGUCCACGCGGAGCUUGCCGUCCCCUUCCCAAUCGCAGUUCAACCGCGGUCCGUCCACACCGGUGACUCCUGGAUCCAGCUUGGCAGACCCCACAGCUGGUAGCCCUGCGCAGAGUCCCACAGACCUGAUGUCUUCCACUGCGUCCAAGCGCUCGUCAGGCCCUAGGCCACCGACCCCGCCCUCUGCGUCGCGAACGGGCCAGUACAACACUUUUGAAAGUUGCAUGGAAGGGGGUAUCAAGCACGAAACACAGUCGGCAGCGUGUGGCCACAAGGGCGAGGCUGCCGGGAACCACCUCGUUCGCGCCGGUGCAUUGUUUGCUUCUGCGCUCGGAUACAAGCCCAACAGCGCAUGGGCGACUCUCCGACGGGCGACGGUCCUGCUCCACCUGAGCACCCAUUCGACGCCGUCGGUGGCGAUUGAUCAUUUACGGGAAGCCCGGUCGCUACUCGUGGGUCUCACGGUCGGUGCGCCACACAGCCUGAGUGCGCGCGAAGAGCUGGCUGCAGUCUGUACCCGACUCUCAUGCCUGCUGCAUGCCCGCGAGGAUGCGGCCGACGACCCCGUCGAGGUCUGGGAGGGCGAGGUCGGGCGUUUUGCAUGUGAGGCCCUCGAGGCCCUCGAAGAGGUCGCGGCUGAGCGUAUGGACCGAGCGCGCACGCUGCGCCGGGACGCGUUCGAGGGCGAGGCCCCGGCCCUGGCCGACAUGUUCAUUACGCUCGCCCAGUCCGCCGGCGCGGUCGCGGCCCUGGCGACGGACGCCGACACCGUCGACGAGCACGCCGAACUCGCCGAACACGCACUCGACCAGGCGGCCAACAUGGCCACAGUCGCCGCGGCCGCCAAAGUACGCCCCGCCACAGUCUCGGCUGCCCUCAUCACCCGCGUCCAGCUUGCGUCAGGUCGCGCAGCGGCCGAACGCCUGCGCAACAUGUUCCUGCUGGGUGUGGCGGUCGACGAAGACGAUUUCGCGGCUCUCAUUGCCGACAUGACACUGCUUGUCAACGAGACGCGCGAGCGAGCGGCUCGGCUCAAGGGCAGCAAGGGGGCCGCCGCGGCGUCCCAGGCCUUUGAGGCUGUGAGGCAGCUGGGCGACACCAAAGUGCUGUAUGCCAACAUCCUCCGCUGCGUGUGGCGCGGCAGGCGAAACUCGAUUCCGGGCUACUUGCCCUCUGAGCCAUCGACACCGCUCACUCCUGGCCUGUCGCGAGCAAACAGCCUCACGGGCGUUCCAAGUCUGGAUCGAAGUCGGCCAUCGUCGCUGUCCAGCUCCAAUAUCAGCAUCGAGAGCCCACCUAUUCCCGAACUCCCCGAACCUGGCGACGAGGUUGACGCCGAUGUGACAGUGGUUCCCUCGCCAGUGAGCAAGAUUGUUGUCACACCUAGUCCAGUCAACACGCUGCCACCGGUAGUGCCGCCAAAACGGACAGGUCGGGCGCCUCCUCCGCCACCUCUCCAACUCAACCGGCCACCGCCGCUUCCUCUCCCACCUCUCCCUCCCCUCAACUCGGCCGCCCUCCUCACACCACGCACACCGCUCUCUCCACUCAACCCCUCGUCCGUAGGAGGACUUGCACGCCGUACGUCCGACCUACACAACGGUUCCCAGCGCCCUCGCCUAGCCCGCGCCACGACGAGCUUCUCAAACCACCUGCCUUCUCCCCGCUGGCACUCGCCGAUCUCGCCUGCGGGAUCGCCCGGUCCAGCGCCGACCCACCCACUCCCGUCCCCACCGCGCCGGCGUCUGUCGUCCAUGUUCCGGCCCUUGAACGCCUGGGAGCGCAAGCCGAGCUACCAGGCCAUCCCCACCCUCGCCUCCCUGGCAUCUGCGAACAACUACGUGCCCAUCUCCGACGACGCCCAGUAUGGCGAACUUGCGCGGACUGCAUGGACGAUGCUCGGCGGCGCGCUCAAGCACUACAAGCUGGCCCUGACCCUCCUCUCCCAGUCGGACGCGGGCGAGCGUGCCCGUGCAAAGUCCGAGGUAUUGGCCGCCAUCGCCGCGGCGUCCCUGUUCCGCGCGGCCCUCGGACCCCGACUGAGCCACAUGUACAGCGUCCACAACCACGCCCACCCCGUGGCCCCGUCCGAGAAGGACGGUCCGGCCGCGCUGCUCUCCACCGCCGAAGUGUACGCCACGUGGGCCGCGCGCGAAGUCGGCUGGAGCUUCCUCAUCGAGGGGACCAAGGGCGCCGAGGCAGCCGACCACCGCACGGGGUCAUGGGAGGCCGACGAGGCCGGCAAACGCGCCGUCCUCCUCACCCUCCGGGUCUGGUGGUUCCGAGCCACAGCCGAGCCUUCUUCGUCCGACAGCGACGGCGUCAGCGCCGCCGAGGCCGAUGGCGAGCGCCAAGUCAUCAAAGAGGCCAAGGCCAGUGUCGAGGCCGUGGUCAAGCGUCUGCGGGACCUGGAAGGGGUCGGCUAUGGCGAUGUGGCGCGGUUUGCGGCCCACAUAUUCAAGAACGAGGGCGACGUGGACCCGACAGAGACGCUGUUCUGGCGCAGUGUCAAGCGCAUCCUGCGGGGCGGCGAAGGGGACGUGUUGCCUGCAUAG